AAUGUGGUGAUGUGUCCCGCGCGGCUAUAUAGGUAGGUAGGUGGGUUGCCAACCGCCACUGUCGGGAUACAGGCAAACCUCCACAGUUGCUACAUCAACUUCUUAGCCUGUCGGAGACGCAGAUCAGCACAUCGCACAAGAAUAUCAACAAAAUUACCUAGGCCCCUACUACCCAUCUACUGCCACUUAUUGGCUGUUCCAAACCUUGGCACACUAUCCACCCCCAGCGCCGCCCCGGCCUCAUUAGCGAUGGCCAUCACAUCUUCCACGGAAGGGAUAAUAUUCCCGACCCUCUUCACGCGGUACGAUCACACAAGGCUGGAGCCGAUGCAAACAGACUCGGCCGAGUUCGCGUGUCUCACUUCCAUCGCUCGCUUCGGGCUCGUCACGCUGGAGGGUGUGCGGGGGAGGGAGGCGCUCGAGAAGGUCGGGCGCUUCGUUCUGGACCAGUGGCGGCAGACGGGGCGGAUGGACUGCGACGCGGACCCGGGCAGGAUGCGCGAGUACGUCGACCACUUCCUGGAGCGGGUGCGCGGCAGGUUCCCCUCGAUCGUGGUCGAUUGCUCGCUGGUGAGCCCCCACACCCUCCCCGUCACGUCGCGCGUCUUUACCACCGAGCCCUGCGAGGGGGCCUGGGAAGGAGACAGGACCAACUACGCCCCAGGCACGGCCGUGACUAUUGCCAUCAACGCGGAGAGAUUCGACCGCAUGGUGGAGCUUUCCGAGUGCUUCCGGCACCAGAAGGCCGGGGAAGCAGAUGACGGUGCGGCAUUCCAGCGCUUCAUGACCUUCCAGUUCAUACUCGGGGCGAGGAUGGCGCUCGAGCUCUGCCACAGCUUCGUCGGCAUGCUGGCCGGCAGCAGCCGCCGCAACGACUUCACCUACCCGAGGCCCAAGGUCGACAGCAGGGGCAACCAGACGCACGCGCUGCAGGAGAUGCUCCUGGGCGGCGAGCCCGGGCGGCGUCUGCAGCACAUCCUCUACGGCGGAUAUCUCGAAGUCUACGAGGACACUAGCUCUCCCCUCAGGAGCGCGCAGCCGGGUAUCCCUGUCAUCAUCAACAAGGUCAACUUUGGGAGCUACGUGAGCGACGACGCCAUCACGGGCCAGAUCUGGGGCACAGGCAAACAUGAGCAAUUCCCCCUUGGGACACACGGGCCCGCCUUCUCCAUCGACAUGGAGUUUGACGACAAGGUCGUCAAGAUGGGCUACGACAACCGCCGUUCGUCGAAGCCGAGGAUCCGGUGCCUCGAGGAGACGUCAGAGGUCUUGAUGCGGGAGCUCCUCCUCCACCGCGACGGGGCGGCGUUCCGCGUUGCCGAGACGGAAAUGUGCUGGGUGGCCACGUCGCCCGGGCGCCUUGUCAAUGCCACGCGGGUUCGGUAAUAUGUACUUGGUAGGCUGGUGUGUAUGAUGGGUUGAAGCUCGGGCGUCCAGGUGUUGGGCCUGAACUUGGUGCAUCUGUCUGGGACCUGCGGGCUGUCUUUUCGCCCUCAUUCUUGGAGUUUUGGAGUUGUUUGUAUUUGGUACCGUUUUGUAAACCUGGGUGGUGGACUGUAUCGUUUUAUAGUGUUUUUCAGAUAGACAGAUACCCCCGUUAUAUAUCAAUCAAGCGCUGGAACGCACGACAGGACUGCCGUCAAUAGGGCCUGUAAAGGAGAGACGAGGCG